AUUGUGUAUUGCUUUUGAAAGAGACAUCAGUUUAACAAGAAAAAAUAUGUUUAAAUAUUUAUUAUUUUUCGUAUUAGUUUCAGUUGCUUUUGCUCAUUUUACAUAUUUGUCCGACGAUGAAGAGUUUGAACGUUUUAAGAAAAAAGUCAACAGACAUUAUUCUUCGCCUCUUGAAGAAAAGAUACGAAAAGAAAUAUUCAUCAAUGUUUUACACAGAAUCAAAAAACACAACGCCAGAUAUGAAAAGGGGUUAGAGUCUAGGCCCAUGGGCGUUGACGAUUAUAGAGAUUGGUUAGGAAGACCACCACACGGCGGCGUGUGGUUGCCAGAUUUGCAUUGAAUAUAAAAAGGAUGUAAAAAUAGUAAAUAAAAAAAUUUAAAAACAAUAUAAAUAUCUAUAUUAAUAAAAAUCAGUGACCG